UUGCGAGUUUACUUCCUGUACCCUAAAACAGCAGAAUAAAAUUAAAUGGAAAGAAAAGACAGUCAGAAAGUUAACUUGCUCUUAUCCAAGAGAAGCCAUUCCUACCUCCUGAGUAGAGGAAACAAAACAAGUAAGAAUGUGACAAACCGAAGUGUGAAGAGACCUAUUAAUAGCAACAGAUUAAUUAAGAUGAACUCGGAUAAAAGAGACCUCAACAGACCGUAUAUUAUAUUUGAAAAUGGGAUCAAUAUAACUCCAAAAGGAUUGGUGGAUUCAGAAUAUUCAAGUCGGGAAUUGGGUGUCAAUUACACGAAGCCCCAGCCUCAGAUGCCUCUUGGACGGACGAAGCUGUUGGAGCUGAAAUCCAUCGAUUCACAAAACUCCGCUCGGUCUCUCGCCAGCUUGGCCAGUAUCUCGAGGUUCUCUAUGAGGAGGAGCGUAGCGAGCCAACCAUCCGUCAACUUUAGUCUAACAAGUACCGACAUUUUAAGUAACAUUUCCUUUCUCACGACAUUGGAACUCAGUGAUCAGGAGGAAGAUCAACUAACGGAACGAGCUCCUUCCAUGUUUCUGCUGAGAGAAGAUCCACCAGAUACAUUUUUAAAACCAGACUACCACUUCAAAAUUGAAUUGAUGGAAACAAACACUUUAUUACUCCUCCACCUACCGUCUCAGUCAGACCAGUUGGAUACUGAUAAUGGAAAGGAAAUAUUGGAAUCCAACGAAAUGUAUGACAAAUCGCUGGAUAAAAUUCGAGCUCUUUCAGACAUAGCUGUCCAAACCAACAUAACAUUUAAGAAACAUAGAAAACAGUAUAAACCACGAAACGGCCGACGCAAUGCCGCGGCCUUUGCUUCAACCUGGGAUAUUUACGACACAUACGAGCGGCUAGGAUUGAAAAGCGAACGAGAAUCAAUGAUGAACUUGACUUCGAGAGCAGAAGGAAGAGUGGACAAGAUAAUAGUAUCAGACGAACAGAAAGAGUACGAAAGCGUCUUCGAUUUCUGUGGCCAAAUAUUUAACAGACGUUUUUUGAACGCUUUAAUGAUUGUAGAAAGACUAGUAACAAAGGAGUUAUAUCGCCCGAGCCAGCUUCUAUAUCAGGGCCUCUUAGUUCAAGACCCUUUUUUUGAGGGAAUCAAAUACAACUACACUCUCACCCACCUAUGGACCUUCUAUUGCAAUAUUAUCCAUAAAAGAUGUGUCACUUCGAUGUGUUGGAACGAAAAAGACAAAAACAUCAUCGCUGUCGGUUAUGGAAAAUUUAAAUUUUCGACAAAGUGUGAUGGUUUGGUUUGUAUCUGGAACAUCAAAUGUCCGAGUACUCCCGAGAGGUGGUACGAAUUUCCCCGUGAUCCGGUAACGUUUGUGACGUUCAGCAACAGUCGAUGGCACAUACUCGCCGUAACCUUCUACAGUGGCGCUGUGCUCCUCAUUGACAUUGUGGCUCGAUCUCUUUUGGUCAAGGCAAACAACCGUCACUUCCCUCUCUACUACCCGGUACGACAGGCUCGCUGGUUCCCUCAAGAGCAAAAGAAUACCGUUCUCAUAACAUGCGGUAAAGGCGGACGGGUAUACCGUUAUAAAAAGAGCGAGUUUUUCCUCAGCAAAAAGAUAAUGACGUUGGGACGUCCACACGGCAAGAUACACGGGAUCGAGGAGCCCAGGAAGUGCUUCGCGAGAAGUGUGAUAGCUAGCAGACAACCGGCAGCCGAGGUGUUGGUCCGGCAUCCCACAGAUCCUCAGGUGUAUCUCGUGGGUAGUACAGAGGGAUGUGUGUACGUAUGUUGCGUCCAUCACCGACACGACUACCAAGACGUCUUCGUCGCACACAAUGGCCCUAUCUAUAACAUUCAGUUCAACCCGUUCUGUAGCAAAGUGUUCCUCACAUGCGGGGCCGACUGGUGCAUCAGGAUAUGGGCGGAGUCAGUCUAUCAGCCUCUUAUAACUCUGGAGAGCGGCAUGACGGCGGUGCAAGAUGCACUCUGGAGCCCGCUGCAUUCUACAGUGAUAGUGAGCAUAACAGGGACAUUCGUGGAAUUGUGGGACAUUCGUCGGAGGAUAUCUAAGCCCAUGUCUUCCGUACGAACUCCUUCUGCGUCGCACAACAAUGUUCUACAUUUUUCAGCGAACGAGUUCAACAUCUGUAUCGGGGACGCGGAUGGUAACGUUCACGUAAUGGCAAUGGCAGAGAUGCCCUUCAGUCCCAGCUACCAAGAAGGCGUGCUGGUGGAUGCGAUCCACGCGGCGCUCACUGCGAGACCUGACGUGCUCGACACCCUACGUAAACUCGGCCCGCCGUUUUUAAAUACGGCACGAAUGGACGACUACAUGACCAAGCUGUACCGUAAGCUCAACAGAUUGCAUGAGACUGUCUGAAGUGUGUUCGAAUAUAAUAAAUACAUUGGGUAUGUUUUAUUAAUUGGGGUAUACAUUAUUUACUAUGUUACUUCGUCGAUUUCUUGAUAUUUCUUCACUUUCGAGUCAUUGAUUGUCCCUUGUAAAAUAUCUACGGAUGUUGGUUGUGUGGACUUAUUAGAAAAUCGUUGGCUACUUUCUCAUAUUGGAAGGAGACAUAACGACAGGAAUCACGUCUUUUUGUGCCCUUUUGGAAAUCCUUUGAUAGCGAAUACCAUAUGCCACAUGAGACUUAAGGCACACGGAAAAACUAAAUGUGUUGACAUUGAUUUCAAUCAUGUCGAUGGAGUGUUUACUAAAACAUUGGUAUUAAAAACGGAGGAUUAAAAUAAUUGUUGUA